UCAUGCAGUUUAAAUCUACUAUUAAAAAAAUACUUAUUAAAAAAGCUUAUUAUAAGGUAUCCGAUUAUAUAACAGAUAAGAACGCUUGGACUUGAGAUGAUCCAGCAACUGGAUAGGUGAUUACUUCUAAACUCAUUAUCUUGUUUCCAUUAUUAUUAAAUGAUUAUGUUAUUAUUAUAAGACCAUAGUUUUUUUUAUCUCUGUUUAUAAUGUAUUGGUCUGGUAAUGACAUGGUUUUUGUAAAUGUCAUUACUCAUAUUAGAGCUGGUGAGUUUCUUGCUCGUUCUUCUUAUCAGCCAAAAGACGUCCUGAACGAGUGGUAGGGAAAAAAUGUUGGACGAUUCAAAAGUACUUUUAAGAAGUCUAUUUGAAUAAAGAUUAUUUUGACUUUGACUUUGACUUUAAACAUGAAAGAAAAUCGGAAGGGUUGUCAUGGAGAAAUCAAGAACGUACCAUAGCGACAUCUAGUUUGAUUUUGGGAACUAAUGUUUUUUUUAAAUACUUCCUCAUUGCUCUUAUGUUUUAGACUCUUUAGUUUUGUGUCGAAAAUCGUAUAACUUAUAGAAUAACUAGGUGGAGAAAGUAUUUAGAAAAUAACAAUAACAAGAAAAUAAUAACAGGUGCGGCUUAGUAAAUACCGAUUAGAUGGAUCUGUUCUUGUAAAUACGCUUUACCUCUAACCACAGACCAAGAAGGAGAUACGUAAUAUCUAGUCUGUGGAUACUACGUAUCCCUACAUAAAAGUGGAUUAGUGGGAAGGGAAUAGUGGUGGGUUGGUUUUUUGUAACAGCUGUUUGGUUGAGUGUUGAGGUUAACUUUCACUUUAAAAAAGUUUGUUGAACAAACAUUGAAUAAACGUGGAGAAUUCGAGAGAUAUAAUUUUAACGUUUAUAGUUUAGAUAUUUUAUUGCUACGAAAGUGCUUUCUCCUUUCUACCUACCGUCUUCACUCUAAUAAAAUUAUGUAUUAAUUAAUUUUACAAAAACUACAUACUUCAAUAGUGCAAGUUUAGUAAAAAAAAAAUGGGUACGGAGAACUUUAAUGAGAACGGGGAUGGGCAAUCAGAAUCCCUUUAUCCUGCACAUCUUCUCCAAAAUUUGGAUUUUAAUAAGAGUCCAGCAAUAUUUAAGCCAAAAAUCAGUGCAGCACAACCUGGUGAAGAUUGGAUGGUAGUUAGGCCAUUACAAAGAUCAGAUUAUGAUAAAGGAUUUCUUCAGCUGCUAGGGCAGCUCACAAGUGUCGGAAAUAUCUCCAGGAAGCAGUUUGAUGAACGGUUUACUCUAAUGAAACAGGCUGGUGGUUAUUAUGUUACUGUUAUAGAAGACACGCGUAUUUCCAAGAUCAUUGGUGCCGCCACUCUCACUGUUGAGCAGAAAUUCAUUCACAAUUGCUCACUGCGUGGCCGCUUGGAAGAUGUAGUUGUUAAUGACACGUACAGGGGAAAGCAAUUGGGAAAACUGAUAGUGGUAACUGUAUCUCUUCUGGCGCAAGAACUUGGUUGCUACAAAAUGUCUUUGGAUUGCAAAGAUAAACUGAUCAAGUUUUACGAGACCCUGGGGUACCGACUCGAGGCUGGCAACUCCAACGCUAUGAAUAUGAGGUUUGUACCUCCAACAGUAGUUACAUGGAAUAGGGGUGCGAUUCAAUUUUCUUUAAAGUCAAAAUACUUGUUGGCGAUUUUAAAUAAACAAAAUUAUUUAAACAUUUCAGUUGUUUAAUAGGGAAUGGUAUACAUAUUUAAAAUAGAGUAGGAUAUUUUACCCAUUUAUGUUGUCAUAAGCUAGUGUUUUUUGAGUCGCAAAAGGUGACACGGCAUAAAGGUGCUUAUAAAACGUCUUGUGUAAAUUUUACACUGUUAUUUAUAGGUUCGACGAUCCAUCCUGACAAUUAGCCGCUGGGACGUCCGACCUGCGCUCCAAACUGUAAGUAGAUACUCUACAGCGACCGAGCAGAUUACGCAACACCACGCCGCCUCCACACCUGCACUGCUAUCUCAUCAUUUACUGUUAUACAUUUGUUUUUCCUAGUAACUUAUCAGUUAUCAUAUUGAUUACAAUCUUAAGACUACACCCGGAUCAGUUUGUUUUCCUUUAUAAUGUAAGACUGCUAGACUUGCAUGUAGAAGUUUUAUAAACGACUGUAUUUGAAAAUUACCUAAUAAGAUAUUCGACAACUGAUUUAUCGUUAGUAAUGAAAGACAAUUUUAAACAUUUUGUACUUAUUAGUUGCUUUUAUUGUUCAUUUCUUUGAUACUUAAAUCUUGAUUCUUUUUAUGGUUGUAAUUUUAAACAUAUACGAGGUUCUUUGUUGUGAGUUCUGCUUGGUUUGUGGUUACAGUUGCAGGGUCAGUUGUUUUAUCCAUCAAAUGUGGUUGAACAGUCAAUUUUUUGAGUGGAGUGAUUGAUAAUCCAUGGUUGAUGGGGUGAACAACUGAUUAUGGUUGUCCUAGCACAUAAUUUUGUUGUUGUUUUUAGUAAUGAAUCGUACAGUCAACAGCACGUCAGAUUAUAUAAAACAGUCAACAUAAUGUGUAUUAGUUUUUAAGGCUACAUCUCUAAUACAUCUCGGCAGAAUUUAAAAUAUAUUGUGACAAUUAGAUUGUGAUAACCUGAUGCGCUGUUGUGUGUACUAUAAUAAUAUGCUUGGUUUUGAGUAACAAAAUUGUUUUAGUUUGGUUGCUUUUAUAAUUUAUUUUAACACGUGUUAUUUGUAUUAAAAUUUGUAAAAUUCAUGCUCAUGUACUUAAAGUUUAGUAUAACUGUCGUAUUGUAAAUUACUAACAUCGCAACAUUAAAACAUUUUGCUUGAUUCAAUUGUUUCAUUUAACGCCUAUAAUUAAUGAAUAAAACGUUAAGUGUUUUUUUUUCUCAAAACUUUUAUUUACAGAAGUGUAAAUUUUAAUAGCAGACAGAAUUAGUAUUAAAAUUUCCGAUACCUUAAAAUUACCGGUAGACAGUAUCAAUAAAUUUCUGCCCUAUUAAUUUAUUCCUUCUGACGCUUCACUAUGAUGACUAACUCGGGAUUUAAAAAUCGAUUCUAAGUGUUAUUAACAAACAAGAUGUAGCGUCUUAGUAAAUUUAUGUUUAGAAUGCACUUAGUAUUAGUUAAAAUUAAUAUAAUUUAUGCUAAGCUUUGUUUAUUAAUAACACUGCUUAUAGUUAAUUCGCCGAUACAAAUCAUCUACAGCAGGAGUGCGAUGGUUCCAAAGGUAAAGACAUCCCGAGAAUAUCAACAUAGAAUUAUCACAAUAAAUCUAAAUUUUCGGAUGUCUUUAGGUUUCUUAAUAUGUUAUUUAUUUUAAUAGACAUAUGUAAAACUAGUAAUAAAUAAAUAUUUAAUUACACAUUUUAAAAAUUGUUGAUAUAAAACAAAUUAUGAUAUCGAAAUAAAUUGCCGUCAGUGAGCAAAUUUCAUAUAUUUGGGCAUUUUAGGAUAUACAUAUAUAAAACAUUUAGGAAAGGGUUUGGAAUGAAAAACUAUACAUACAGUGAACUAAAUGCGAUCUACUACUUUCUAACAUGUAAUGGAAUUAAAUAACAUACAAUGUUCAAUAAAAAAUCAUAGACCAUCUCAGUCUGGUAGUUCAAUAUUACAAAAUAUAUAUGAAUAAAUUGAUACAUAUAAAAUACAUUACCUAUCAUUCUAACGGCUAUCAGUCCUCGAUACUUGAAAUCGUAUAAGAAACCAGUCUGUCGGUUACGUUCAUAUGUACUUGAAAACUUACAAUAUCAAGUAUCAGCCCUGGAAUUUUAUUAACAACAUACACAUUAAUAGCAUUACAACAAAUUGACACCCUCAUUUGCCGAUUGCACAUUCCCAUUUUGCUGUAGGAAAAAGCAUUGGUAUAUAAAUAAAUAUGUAUAAUAUUGUAGUUUGAACGUAAGACGUAAUAAUAACAAGCUAUUGUAGUGGUUAAACACUUCUGGAGUCUGAGCAAUAAAAAAACCGUCAUGGGAUUUGAUGGCGUAACUCUGUGUAAUGACAGUUUUUGUUGUACUUCACAACACUGAGAAGCUGCAACUUGAUAAAAUAACAAUUAUGACGUUUGGCAAAUAGUGGAUGAGUUAGGUUGCCUUGUAAAAAUCUUAACUUUAGUUUCUUUGCUGCCCACGACGGCUCUCUUUUUGAGCAGACUAAUAACAUUGUGUAUUAUUUAAUAUAAAUAUUACAGAAAUAGAAAAAACCUUUCAAAUAUGUACAAGGUUUUAUUAGCCGUUUGCUUCUAGUUACCUGUCGACGACCGUUACUAAAUGACAUCACAGGCAAAUCGACUGGUACCGUCUACAAAAAUAUUUUUACUCAGUUUCCGUCAAUUUAAUACGUCUUGGGAGAACAAAACGACUAACACCUGACAUAAUAUGCUGAAGUCAUGAGACAACAUUGAUUUGUUUUUUUUUUGUUUCAUUAAAUUUUCAUUCUUUAUAACAUACAUAUAACAUACAUUUAUUAAAGAAAAACAAUCUGUAAACUAUCACCCGGUUUCUGAAUUGAGAAUUUGAAGUUGAGCAACCGUGCUUAAGUGCAUUUUAAACGCCAAUUAAAAAGGUUUUUUAUUACUAAUUUAUAGUUUUUUAAUGAUCACUUCACACUUCACCAGCCCUUUUACGUCCCCACUGCAGGGGCUCAGGCCUUCCUUUUGGAUGGUUAAGGAGGAUGGGCCAUGACCCUCCACGCUGGCCCAAUGCGGAUUGGAGGGUAUUAACGACUGUAAAUGCAGCCGGGACCAACGGCUUAACGUGCCUUCCGAAGCACGGAGUAGCUCGAGAUAAUAAUUUUUUGGUCACCCAUCCCGUGACCGACCCUUGCGAAAGUUGCUUAACGACUACGAUCGCGGGCCGCGGCGCUUAUCCACUACGCCACCGAGCUACUCAGAUUUUAAUUUAAAUGAUCAGUUGACAGCAAUAUGAUAAAACUAAGUCUUCUUGCCAUUGAAACUUAAAAACCUUAAGUAUUGAGAAUAAUCAGUUGAGAUUUUGUGCUUUUCUCAAUUCAGAAACCGGCCGUAUGUCUACUUGGUAAAAAAACAUCGUGUGGUACGGCGGCAGAGUGCUUAGUGGCAGUACCACAACAAUCUAAUUAUCUACGCUGUAAAUCACAACGUAAAAAUUUUAAUAUUGUACGUAUAAUUAUGUCCAAUUUAUGAACAUUUAAUCAGUAUAGGAAUUAUGCCUGUAGAGUAUGGUAGUACCGCGAUAGAGUAUGAUGUCUUUGCUAGCGGUACUCAGAGGAUCUGCCUAUAUGCGGUUAAGCCGAGUAAAUGGUAACAACCAACUCGAAGUAAACAGGUAGUAUAAGAGUAUUUCCUCCGUCUAAAUUAUAUAUUAGCAUUCUGUACCAUCAUUACCGUUAUCGUACGCAUGAACACUUCUAAGUACAUUCGAAAAUAUUUCAAUUUAUAUAGCCUUAUCGAUGUCUAGUCUCACUUGAGCGUCCUAUAUUUGGUGCAUCUUAUUUUACAAAACUUGUUCCCUAAUAUCAACCUCAUUUAACAGGACUGCCCAGUAGCUACCGUUCAACUAGGUGGAUGGUGUAUUAAUUUGAAUAAUCAUUUUUUUUCUUCACUUACAAGGACAACAUCGGUGACUGCCGCAACAUUUGAAUCAACGAGUUUAAAUACCUAGUGCCUGCCUAUCAACGGAUGCGGAACAUUAUAGUUGUUUCAAAUAUAUAAGUUGUAUUCAUAAGUAAGGCGUACCGAGGUAUAUAAAUUAAACAGAAUAGAUCAGAAUACAUACCUACUAAAUUAUGAUAAAUACUUUUUAUGUAAACAACUAAGCAACUCAUGUAUCGAAGAUAUAAUAUUUCAAAUAAAUUUUCAUUGUUAGGUAAUAAAUUUACAAUGUGAAAAGUAUAUUAUUUACCCAGGUUUCAUUAGCGGCUGUGAUGUGAUUUUUUAAUACAAAAAGAGAGCUAUUUAUAAAACAAAUAGCAACAUGUGCAUGUCAUAUUUAUAAUAAUAUAAAUAGCUCUAGAUUUAAAAGAUAUUUCUUUGUGUUUUUGUAUGAAGAUCACUCAACAAAUAAAACAAAUCUAAGAAAUAAAUAAUUCAAAUAUCGUUUAAUCGCCCAUUUAUGUGUAUUAGCGUCUGAGCUCGCGAGUUAUUUGAGUAUUGCGCUCACACUGGUUUGCUUAUGUACGCGCUCGCUCUAUAUUUUAAAGAACACCAAUCUCAAACUUCAUUUAUGAAUUAAGGGUACCAGUAUUGACAGUAAUUUUUCAGUACAAGAAAGGACAAAAUAUAUAUAGCUAUCUAUUAUAUAAAUAGUUUAUGUCAAAAAGUUUGAAUAAAUGUCGAUAAUCGAUCAGAAGUCAGCGAAGAAGGCAACCAUUGCCUU